AGCAAACGACCGUGUCUCGAGUGCGCCAGGAGGAUCUUCGGGCUGGAGCCGCGCUGAGCUCGGGCGCGAUGGACGAGUUCGUUACCGAGGAGGAAGAGCCCUGGUACGACCAGCGGGACCUGGAGCAGGACCUCCACCUGGCUGCAGAGCUGGGAAAGACGUUGCUGGAGAGGAACAAGGAGCUGGAGGACUCCCUGCAGCAGAUGUACAUAACCAAUGAAGAGCAAGUGCAAGAAAUCGAGUACCUGUCAAAACAGCUGGAAGUCCUCCGGGACAUGAACGAACAGCACGCCAAAGUGUACGAGCAACUGGACGGUACAGCAAGAGAGCUUGAACACACCAACCAAACACUCGUGAAUGACAGCAAGACCUCACAGCAAAAGAUAGAGGGGUUAACAGGGACCAUUGAGGCUUUGCAGAAUCAGGUGGAGUCCCUCUCAAGACAGGUGGAGCAGUUGCGCUCCGUGGAACAGCUCAGAGUCAAGCGGGAGAAGAGGGAACGACGCAAGACCAUCCACUCCUUUCCUUGUCUGAAGGAACUUUGCACAGCACCCAGGUACGAAGAUGAGUUUGUGGUGGGCAGGCCCGAAAGCUUUACUUCGGAGCCGAAGCAUCAGCCGUUCGAAGAGGAGAACAAGCAUCUGAGAGAGGCGGUGUCAGCUCUGCGAGCGGCUAUUCGGACAGAGCGGGGGCGACGAGAAGGUGUGGAGAAGGAGUGCAACCUGCUCCUUGCGGACUUCUCGCGCCUGCAGACACGUGUGCAGGAUGCUGAGAGUUGUCAGGCAAGGGUGCGGGAGUUGGAGGUGGAGCUGCAGGAGCUGCAACAGCUACGCCGCACCCGAACUUUCCUUCUUGGAAACGACGACGACGUUGUAACCCUGACCCAGACUGUCCUCAAUAGCACCCCGGAGACCGACACCUUCCUUGAGGGAGAGGUCGGCGAGACAGGAGGAGGUGUGAGGGAGGAGGCGGACGGUGUCACCGGUGUGCACGGGGAGGCUCUCCCCGAGUCAAACCCUGUGAGGAAAAGCUGUAGCGACACAGCACUCAAUGCCAUUGUCGCCCGGGAUGCGUCUGGCCGCAGGAGAGGGAGCUACGCACUUCACGCCAACAGUGUGAGGAAGAGAGGGAUGUCCAUCCUCAGGGAGGUGGAUGAGCAGUACCACGCUUUACUGGAAAAAUACGAGGAGCUGCUGGGAAAAUGCAGGCGCCACGAGGAAAGCCUUUGCCACGCGGGCGUCCAGACGUCCCGACCCGUCUCUCGAGACCCUUCCAUGAAAGACUGCGCUAUGGGCCACGCCCCUGCCCCUCCGCCGACUCCCACCCGGUCGCCUUCCACGCCAGAAGCCAUCGAGAUGAUCGGCAAGCAAGUGGAGGCGGUGGAUAAGCGUCUGGGACAGAACGCACCGGAGUACAAGGCUCUCUUCAAGGAGAUAUUUUCUCGUAUCCAGAAGACCAAAAUGGAUAUUAAAACUAGCAAAUCUGCAAAGUCCAGCAAAUCUAGCAAAUCGGGCAAAUCUAGUCAAUAGCGACGUGUCUCGCUCGAGCGGGGACAGCUGUCGUACAAUAUCGGUGUUUAGUGCUUCUGCACUGUGAAACAUACACACACCACCCAACACGAGUAUAGUUCGCUGUCAGACACUUCCAUCCAUUGUCUACGUCACUUGUCCUCAUUGCGGUCGCAGAUGAGCUGGGGCCCAUCCCAGCUCACCGCGGGCGAGAGGCGGGCUAUGCCCUGUAUAGGUCGCCAGCCAGUCGCCGGGCGCGAAUGGACAAACAACCAUUCAAACUCACAUUCAUACCUACGGACAACUUACAGCCUUCGAUUAACCUGACGCAUGUUUGGGACUGUGAGAGGAAGACGGAGUCUGAGGCUAACCAACAGCUCUCAGAACUCAUUGCAAACCAAAAAUGUCUAUUUAAAUGUGUUGGCUACAAUACAAGAAUAGGAGUAGUACAGUGUAGUAUAUUCAAAUCUUUAGUCACACUUAGUCUUACAACUAGAAUGCCAUUGAUCCCUAAAUCCUUCUUUCGAUCUGCACCAUCAAUACUGACAUGUUGCAUUAUGCCAGAGUCGUAGCGUUGAGUUUCUUACCUUACAAAUUGAGAAAGCAAAUUAAUAUUUUGGAAAGUGCUACGUAAUUCUAACAAUGAAACAACGUCAUAAUAAGUGGAAUGGCACUCGGUGGAACGCAGACCUCGUGCCGACAUUGAAAUGUUAACGAGAUCAGAAACGCAGCUCCAGGAUAGACAAGGGGAAGUCAAAAAGUAACGAGCCCAAUUUAAUUUCACCUACGAAUACAUAGCUUUUCCACUGUUUGAAUUUUAAAUACUUGUUUGAAAGUUUUGUUUAAGCCUGUGCUGUUGCAAAAUGUGUAUGGGGAAGCUGCAAUCGGCAAAAAGUGGGUGUCUGACUCGUCCGAGGAUAAACCGCUCAAGAUGGUCUGCCGCUCUUUUGCUCCUGGACACCCGCUUUUUGACUUUACCGUAGCCUAUUAGAGCUUCCCCACGCACAUUUUUGUGAUGGUUCCCCUUUACAAAGAAAGAAAUUCAAUCACAACUCUGUGCUUCUGACGGGCAUCCAACAAUGACUUCAAUUCCAAAAUGACUGACAGGAAGAGGACAGGCUUAAAACAAAACCUUUUUAAAAUAUACCUUCAAACAAGUAUUUAAACUACAAACCAUGAACAUAAAAAAAAAAAAAAAAAAAAAAAAAAUCAAUCAUUAGUAGUUUAAAUUAAAUUGGGCUCAUUACUUUUCGACUGCCCCACGCCACGGUUGUGCUUUCAGCAAUUAGCAGCAUGCGGUCGGACUUGAACAAAGCAGAAGUUGGCAAUUAAUGGGCUUAAUUGUGUACCCACAUCCAAUUACUGCUUUGUGCUCAGUUUACUACUGUUGCCACAUGCAAUCUUGCAACAUACAGUAAGUCAUACUACAACUCAUAACCUGUGCUACAGAGAGAGCAACGUACCAUCUUUUUAACUCAUUCACUGCCAGCCUUCCCAGUUGACAUGGAUAUUUUACUUCGAAAGCCGUCAACGGCAGUGAAUGUGUUAAGUGCUUCUAUACUCACUGAAACUGCAAAAAGGGAAAAUAAUUCCUCAGAAAAGGGGGGGGCGGGGGGGGGGGGAAACAGUCAAGCACUUUGUUAUUAAUAGACAACUGUAAUGACAUACAUUAAGGAAUAGGCGAUUGCAAUAGGACCAAGACGAUGGGACGAUUUUCAUUCUGUUCCCAUUUGACACCUUUCUGCAAGUCCCAUGGAAAUCAGAUUUGGCAUUUUUGCGUAAUCCUUAUACUUACAAACCAACAACGCUCAGUCAAACGCUCGGUUUUGCUCUUUUAUCCACACGCAAAAAAAAAAAACAGAACAAAAUGGAUGUUUCGAAGAAUAAAAGUUUUGCAAAAAGCGUGUCAAUGAAUAAAAAUCAACAUCAUUGGCGGAGGUAAAAUGAUCAACCAGGGAUGAACUAAACCGAACCAACAUGCAAACUCACUUUUGCUCCUCUACUGCGGGAUGCUGGCUUCACUGCCCUUUACAUAUACAGGGUUCCUCGCUUUACGACAGCCUGAAUUUGUACGUACAACGCCUUCGAAUGUGCAGUCCUCGGUCGCUCACCGACAUUAAUGCAGUCGUAAAGUCACAAUUACAGUAAAUGUUUGUUGAAAAGGCACUUUUAUAAAGCAGUCAAAUGAAAGAGUAAAACUUUUGGGGCACUGUCCGGGAAUCAAACUUUCUGCAUGGACGUCAUCAGCAUGUGCCACGACACUACCAGUGUGUUUGCUUCUGUAAUGCUUGUGUGAAAAGAAUGCCACGAACACUCCCGCUAAUUGCUUCGAUGCUGCUGCCUUGGAGAAAUGCCGCGCAGGAUCAUCUUUGCAGAUUUGACUCUGCCUCGGCAUCGACGCCUACGAACAAAGGGUUCAAGUGGGCUACAGCGAUAACAUCUUAGAUAACAUCUCAUCACGUGAGAAUCUCCACACAUGACGAGAAAAGCAAUCGCCGUGUGUCCUUACUGGUUUUAUAGCACGGUGUAUCUGAGAUGACCUGCAGCACACCACUGACCAUGUCCUCCCCGAAACCAGAUCGGUCUUAGUACCAAGACUGACCUGUGAGAGGCAGCAUGGUGCCACAGGGAAUACUAACAGCCUGAAAAUACAAAGAAGAAGAAAGAGUACUGCAGGCUGACUGCUAGCUUUUCUGGUAUGACCGUUUCAAACUUUUCUUUACUCUCUUUACUCUGCUGUCUGCAACCAGGUCAGCACUCCAAAUUAGACUGACUGAGAAUUAAAACCCAAAAAAAGUCACGUUUAACACACACGGUCAGGAUAAUCUUUUAUAGACAUCCGAUGAUCCGGCCUUGGCUCAUUUUCAUCGGAAGGGAGGGAAAAUUCUCAAAUUCAGUCCAAAGUUCGUGUGUUCAUUUGUAACCCUCUUAGAAUCAUAACGUCUUGUCAUUCCAUAAUACAGUAUAUACAUGUAUUAAUGCCAUAACUGUGAUUAUUUUUAAUAAACUAUCUACAUAAUGUAAAGCAGUAGCCCCUUGAAGACAAUUAACUAUUCACAACCCCCCCCAAAAAAAGGGUGCAUUAUUGCAUUAUACCACAUUAUUUCCCUCUAACAACAUUUAACAAUAGGCAUGUUGAAAGCAGGGCUUUGUUUUAACACGUGCAGCCUUCCGAAACAAACUAACCUUGAAAACUCUUUGGAUGAUUGAAGGACUUUUGGGGGAUUGUGAUUGCCUUUGUAUAUUAUACAUUUUGCUUGAAUGAAUGUUUUUGCCAUGUUGAACACGAAACCCGCAAAUGUUUUCUUCAUUCUGGUCAUAAAAUCAGAGAUUAGGAAAAUCUUGCAGUCAAUAGAACAGGAUAACUGUGAUAUAUCAAGUGCAUUUUAAGCACUGUUAACCCAGUUAGAUGUAUUUAGAGAAAUAUCAAUGCCUAACGACAAGCUUUUUGUCAGUGUUUUUGUUUUGUCCUUUGCACUUGGACUCAUUCAGUGCCUCUUUGCAUUUUUGGGAGUGGAAAUGUACCUUUGUAUUUAUUUUUUACCAACACAAUGUCAUAUGAAUUGCUUUACCUUUACUAUAAUCCAUGUGCUUGAUUAUUAUUGGGACUCAUAUUUUAGAUUGGGCUUGUCAGUCAAUAUUCAUGCCAUUGUCGCUCAACGAAGGUCUAUUGAUAAUAAAGCCUCACACUGCGUUCA